GAAGCUUAGAGACGGACGAGUGUUUUAGACGAAGGACAACGUUGUUGUUGUCCCCGAUUUUCGUGUUACAGAAAGAGAUUAGGUAUAGGGUAAACUGGUUUUGGAAAUCGGUUAUGGGCUUUUUCAAAUUGGUUUGUCUAUCCCUCUAUUUUCAUGAGUUACAGCUCCCAUGAUAGUGUCUUCCAUCAUGUUGUAUUGUGUGCAGUAUUGACUGUACUGUUAAGGGUGUUGUCACUUGUCCGAAAUGAACGGUUUGCAGUUGCGAUUCUAUUGCUGACUGACGACGGUCACCUUCUUUGAUGACCGCUGAUAGUGUGCUUGUUGUCCAGCUCAAUUUGGGUUUGGUCAUGUAAGAGAACCAAAAAAAGGCAAAGUAUUAUGUGGCUGAAUGCUAGCUAUACGGAAAACAAAGCGAUGGUAGCCGGUUAGUGAGCCAGCAAUAAAGUUCCGGGAAAUAUCAUCCAUUAUUCUAGAGUGGUGACGGGUUAUCCAACUGCGCUGUUUCUGCCGAGUUAUCCACUUGUUCAGUUUCAUUUUGAUUUUGCUUCCCCUCUUAUGACGAUAGUGAUUGUGUCCCAUAGCGGUGAACUGGGCCGAGCAAGAGAGGCACGUGCGUAUUUUUUUCACUGCAUUCGUAUUAGUGCCUCGAAUAAUGAAAAACGAGUUGCUAACAGGGUUGGAUUUUCAGAGAGUUCUGUGCGCAGAUGGUGAGAUUCUCCUUAAAAUCUUUGUGAAAUCUACGAGCAGACAGUCGUGUAGAUUUUAAGCACUCAGACGACUAAGUGGCAUUCUCUACUAUUAGAUAAUACGGCGUGCACGCACGAUGUUGUCCACAUCAUUGGUGCUUAAUUUGGUUGCCUCAUCCCCUAAAAGGCUAUCAGAUUGCUCGGCCUGGAUCGAGGACCUGGACAAGCAAUUACUAACCUGCAAACAAUAUAUUACCCCAUUGAUUUUUAUCAUCGCCUUGACUUAAGCAACUAUCAAGGUUUUAAAGUUUUUGGAGUAAAUACUAUGCAUUCACCUAGUCAGACUCCGCAACCUAACCAGAAGCUUUCCUGUCUGCUGCUUCCACUGCUGCUGCGUCUCCACUCUUCCCCAGUCUAGAGUCUCUUUCCACCAAGGAGCGACGACGGUCAUGGCGACCCCUGGUUUCAGUGUAAGAGGGGCAUAUUUGCCCGCGCGAAAGGCGGAAGGGACUCGCUAAUACUACAAAGUAGCAGCCGCUAACAUCUUGCCGCGGCAGUAGCCCGUGCGGUCUUCUCAUACUCUGCUCUUUUCGUAAACUGUUCGUCGGUCGUUCAUUGCACGACUCGAUGCUAGCGUUGGCCGAAUCGGAUCGUAAUAUCGUACCCAUUCAAUCCAGCAAUUGGCUACAGAUGUCAGCCCUCUAGCAGCUGCUUGCCCAUUCCUCAUUGCUUGUAACAGACACGAACAGGUUAGUGGAAAAGACCACCGCAAACAAGGAGUGACGAUCCAAACGAUAGCCGCACACAGCAUUUGAGGAGCAUAAUGCACUCUACGAUGGGAUGGGUUGCCGCAGUGCAUAGAGGAGGUAAAUGAGUGUGGCGUUGCCACUUGACUUAUUGUUUUUGGAGCUAUUCAACGGACAGCUACAUCGAAUAACUAACGAAACGAGCGGCCGCAGAACAUCUUAAAGAAGGUUUGCUGAAGCAGAGACGCUUGUUUGUGCUAUAGUACAAUAUCCAAACAACAGAAGUGGUCGUAGCUACAUCAACAGUUGAUUAAUCGCGCUUCAAUCAGUCAAUCGCGGUCAAGAAAGGGAAAAUACAAAAUGAGAGUGGGUGAAUACAAGUAAGGAAGAAACAUAAGGCUGUAGUUACUGUGUGCUAGUAGUUUUUGUCUGGGUAAACGGUUAAUAAUAAUUUGACUGUUACACGAUGUGCCACUUCGUCUAACUGUUUUUACAAAAAUCUACAUGGAUCUAUAUGAGAGAGUAACAGUGUACACAUCAAAAUUUAACGUGUAUCUGAGAGAAGUAGUAUCUUUUGUGCAGACUCGGCGAAUACCAGACUGCUCUGGAACAUUAAUCCGAUGAAGAUGAACUGAUCAGGGCAAACUGUGGUGGAAAAACAAACCCAGGACUGGGUAGUAAAAUCACAGCGCAAUCAGUGCCUUGACGUAUAAUGUUCAUAUUGUCACGACGUGUGGGGAAAAAAAUGGUAGCAGGUUUACUAGCACGAGUUCCCAUGUCUUAGACGUGAUACACGGUAAUUCCGGCGGAAAACGUAUUGUGGAAAAACCAAGCCGUGUCUGGCAACUUAGCAGCAUGGACCAAACAGACGGCUCACAGGGACCGAUGCAGCGAGUCGGUUAUUGGUGGCCUGAUAAAAAAGAGAAGUAUGUUUCGCCGAAAGUUCUCAGGAAACAUCUCAGAGAGUAUAAUUUGGAACUGGUCAAGGAACUCAGUUCGUCAAAUCCACGUAUGGUCAUCCUAGACCCAUUGUCUUCAGUCCGCGCGAUACUCGAUCGGAAUAAUCAGUACCAGACGGUGAAAUCCGCGCUCGAUCAGCUAGAGGAAAAUAUCUCAGUGCCUCCGUUUGUCCGACUAGAUGCAGCCGAGCCCGAUGUCAACAUUCAUCGUGUUCAAGAAAGCGGUCUCAAGUUUCCACUAGUUUGUAAGCCAAUCGUGGCACAAGGGACUGAAGCUCAUAUAAUGCAGCUUAUUUUUAACGAAUGCGGGUUAAGAAAACUAAACUCGUUUCCUUGCAUCGUGCAACAGUUUGUGCCUCAUGGAUCCGUUUUAUAUAAGGUAUUCGUUGUAGGUCCGACAUUCAGCGUGAUUAAACGACCCUCGUUUAAAAAUAUCACAACAUCAUCUAAGGAGGAUCUUAUCGAAUUUCACUCACAUGACAUAUCGAAGCCCGAUGCAUCAUCGCCACUAAUUGACCGAGAAGCAUGGCACCGACCAGACAAACGGGGUGAUUCUGUCGGAUUUUCGGGACGUCUGGCUCGAGCUGUUGAAGCCGUUCGACAGUCAACAAAACAAACGCUCUGCGGGAUCGAUGUCAUUGUCGAAGAGCAGACUGGUCGUUUGUACGUCAUCGACGUGAACAACUUUCCCGGCUACUCUGGUAUGGAGAAUUUCAUGUCGGAGUUUAUCCGACUGAUUACAGCAUCGGCCGCACGCGCUGCGAAUUCGCCACCAGCAAGGGCAACCGAGGUUAGUUCCGCAACGCCCACAAAUGGUUUGGGGGCGGACAUAUAAAAACACACGACUGGACAAACAGUUAGGCCUGUCAUGAGAUCACCGUUUUUUCGGUUAGCCAAUCGGUUGCGGUUGUUUAAAAAAAUCAAACCGCUAAAAGCAGAAACGUCUUUGCGUUGCAUUUUUACACUUUGGGACAGACGCUUUACGAGGAAAGAAUUGAUAAUGUGGAAAAAUAGAAGAAACAUACGAAUCUCAUCGAAAUUAAAUUUACUUACAUCAUACAUACAAUGUGAUAAGUGCAGGCGAACGAUUUAAAUAUUUGAGGAUAUACUAUCUAGUUGAGAAUUAAUAAAUUGCGUAGGCGCAGAAAAGAUGCGCAUAGAAGAUAAUGCUAACUUAUUGGUUGGGGGAUAUGUAAUAACAUAGAGGAAGAAAACAAGCAAGCUAUUCAGAAGCGGUAUUUUCUUUUUCCCCACAUUAUCAUAGUGUUGUUUCACCAUGACAACGAUGUAAAGCUUAAUAAUUAAAUGCCUUUCACAAAACGGCAGGCAGUGGAUUUUUGCUAAUUACUUGUUAUUUACAAGACAUCGUGCAGCAAUAAGCAGGGCCGCCGAUAGAGUUUACAUUUCGAAAUAGUUCUCGUUGUUUUUCGUUCACGUUCUGUUCCGGUGCCAUUGCAGUAUAGCAAGGGUUCAUACACGAAGGUUCAUACGAGGGGCAUUCCUUGCAGAAACUGCGUUGUUUCACUAGCCAAACUUUGAAACAAAUGCGCAAAUUUCUGAUGGACAAACAACCGAACAAAGCAUUCAGAAUAUUCAAAUAUCGUUAAGCUUGUCUAUUGCAAAACAUAAAUAGCCACGUUCAAGACUGUUACGCAGAAUGCAAAGCUUCGAUUGCCUAGAGUGACAGGCUACGAUUUUAGUGAACGCAACAUGCACCUGAAAUUACUCUACACGUGACAUAAAUAUACACACGACUAAUAUAUUAGAGCAAUAGCAGUUGAGAACGGAAAAGCAUCAAGUUCGGUGCUGAGUUUACACCGUGCCCUAGUCAAUGCAUUAUAGUAAUCAUAACAAUAAUUUACCGAAGCUCGGUCACCGCUAAAACCUGUCAUUUAUAGUGCUUCACAUUUCCGACAUCAAAAAAAAAAAUACGGAACACUUCUCAGGAUAGAAAGCAACAAUAUCCAAAUGAAUUCCAAAUAGACUUCGCAUUGAACAAGGUCGAAUUGCAGCUGCGACAUCAGUUGCUCAAAAAAUAUUUUAGUGACUACUUAUAGUAGCAACGUAAACAGGCUGUGCAAAUUAAUA